AUGGCCCCAGCCCCCGGGCACAGCCUCCUCCUGGUCGUGCUGGGCGUCCUUGCCCUUGGCCACCUUGCAGGAGGCCAGCUCAGCAGCACCCUGAUCCUCGCCCAGGACAACGCCGUGCGGAGUUGCCGCUGCCCCAGCGACAUCCGGGAUUACUGUGACUACAGCCUGGCCAGCCUGCUGUGCGCUGCGACGACGGUGCGGCCCCUGGCCCCUAGUGGCCGCCUGACCGUCUGGUUCACGUGCUCCGCCGCCCUGGGCCUCCUGCUGAACUUCACGCGGGACCUGAGGCUCUCGCUGUGCAGCGAGCACACCCUCCCCGCCCGGUCCCUGGCCCUCUGCGGCCUGGAGCUGCUCCGCGUCACCGUCCCCGCCCAGGCCUGGCGCCCCAAGGCCCCGCACAGCCUCCUCCUGCUCCGGGAGCCCCGAGAGCAGCCCCCGGAGCGGCCGGCGGGCCCGUCCCGUUCGGACAUCGCCCUCCUGGACACGGGCCUCUUCAACAGGGGGUCGAGCCUGAAGGCCUACAGCGCGGGCACCUUCCCCUCCUUGUCUGGCUUUGGCGCCUCCCCGAGCGUGAGCAACUAG